AUGUCUAGUUUUCCUGCUAAAGUCUACACCUCUUCUUUCCUAGAUCCAGACACUCAGGUUUUAAAGGAACACCUUAUUGAUGAGCUGGACUAUGUUCUGGUGCCCACAGAAGCCUGGGACAAGCUGAUGAGCUGGUAUGGGAGCGUGGAAGGUCAGAAUCCCAUACUUAGAAAGGUGGUGGAACAUGGACUGUUUGUCAAGCAUUGUAAGGUAGAGGUAUACCUUAUUGAGCUGAAGCUGUGCGAAGACAGCGACCCUGAAAAUGUGAUAACAAGACACUUCAGCAAAGCAGAUACCAUAGAAACGAUAGAAAAGGAGAUGCGCACCCUCUUUAAUAUUCCUGCGGAGAAGGAGACCAGGUUAUGGAACAGAUACAUGACAAACACAUACGAGCAGCUCACCAAAAUGGAUAACACUGUACAAGAUGCUGGACUGUAUCAGGGCCAG